GCGGGAAGGGGAAGGCUCUUGGAGGUUGCAUUGCGGCUGUGUAAUGCGUCGCCCAUGCAUCCCCUCACCCUCUCCACCGCCCUCCUCCGCCUCGUCAAGUCGCUCUCGCCGGCGGUGCCUGGGGCACACCUGUCGGCGUCGUCCAUCCACUGCCUCCUCCUCAAGGCCGGCCUCCUCCACGUCGGCGCGCACCUCCCGACGGCGCUCCUCUCCGUGUACGGCGUGCUCGGCUGCCCAGACCACGCGCGCAAGCUGUUCGACGAAAUGCCCCGACCGGGCCUUGUCCCGCGAACUGCCAUGGCCCGGGCGCACGUGGCGUCCGGGCAGGCGGCUCAAGCGAUCACCUUGUUCGGGGACAUGGUUGCGGAUGGUGUCUUCCCAGAUAAUAUUGCCGUGGCGGUCAUGCUUGGGGCAUGCCAUGGCGCUACGACUAGGAGGAAUCCUGGCAAGAUGAUCCAUGCUCUCAUCUUUACCAGUGGCAUUGUGCCAGACGUGUUUGUCUCCACCGAGCUGAUAAGGGUCUAUGGGGAGUGCGGCGAGCUGGCGGUUUCUAGGAGAGUGUUCGAUGACAUGCCGUCGAGGACCAACAUCAGUUGGAACGCCAUGUUGCAUCAGUAUGCCAGGCAUGGGAGUGCUGACACAGCUUAUGAUCUGUUCCUCGCAAUGCCAAGGAGAGAUGUGGUGUCCUGGAACACGGUGAUGGCCGGCUACUGUGCUGCGGGUCGGUGCAGGGAGGCACUUGGGUUGUUCCGUCAGAUGGUCUCACCAUCAUCAUGUCCAGUGCAUCCUAAUGUGCCUACAAUCAGCACUAUCCUUGGUGCGUGUGCCGACGCAGGUUGUUUGGAAACCGGGAUUUGGCUUCAUGCAUAUAUUGAGAGGAACAGUAUGAAUGAUGAUGGAUGUCUGGAUCGGUGCCUGAUAGACAUGUAUUGCAAAUGUGGAAGCAUCGAGAAUGCCUUACAGGUGUUUGAGAAGGCACCUAGGAAGAGGGACCUAUUCUCAUGGACAACGGUCAUCUGUGGGCUUGCGAUGAACGGACGGGCCUCUGAUGCUUUGAGGAUGUUUGGCAUGAUGCAAGAUAACGGUAUAUGCCCGGAUGAUGUCACGCUUGUUGGGGUCCUAAAUGCUUGUGCACAUGGAGGUUUAGUAGAUGAAGGUCUUGGCUACUUCUACUCCAUGGAGGCAAAAUUCAGAAUCACACCCAAGAUUGAGCACUACGGUUGUAUGAUUGAUCUUCUUGGACGUGUUGGGCGACUGCAGGAAGCAUAUAGCAUGAUAAGAACAAUGCCAAUGGAUCCUAACACAGUAAUAUGGGGUGCAUUCUUGAGCGCAUGCAAAGUUCAUGGCAACUUGGAACUCGGCAAAAUUGCGGCAGAAGAGAUCACUAGGUUGGAUCCGGAUGACCCUUGGGGAAGAGUGAUGCUGUCCAGCAUGUACGCGAAAGCGCAAGAUUGGACUGCUCUUGCUCGGGAGAGGAGGGAGAUGAACAGCUUGCAGAUGAAGAAGACUCCUGGGUGCAGCUUGAUUGAACUCAAAGGUGAGGUCCAUGAGUUUGUCGCUGGUGGGAGUCAGCAUCCUCAACAUGCUGAGAUUUGCAGUGUACUGCAAGAUGUUGAAGCUCAAACAAAUGGAGGUUGAGGCACGCAGACUUUUUUUGUUGAGCUUCUUGUGCUGCCAGGAUUUUGGCCAGCAGGUGCAUUUAUCUUUGAGCAUUCACGAGGAUGUUCCUUGCUUUGCACGUUGGCAUGUGGAGAACCGAAGAAAAGAUUAGCUAAUCAAUCAGUUAAAAUGCGAAGAACUAACAAUUUUGCUGAGUCCAAUAUAAACUUCAUGUGCUGGUUUUAUGGGCUACGGUUCAUGGUCUCAUGGAGGGUAAACACCACCUAGAGGAUGGUGCCAGCUUGAUUGGCAUAAGAGAAGACUAUUUAUUCGGAUAAAGACCUUUGAGGGAGAUAAACUAGAUUAAUACAUCUUCAUCGCUUGAUUGCUAAUAGAUGGAACCUUUUAUAAGGAAUGGCUUGACUGGACAGCUGAUACAUAGAAUAGUUACAUCUCCUCAUAACAGCUGAUGAAAUUUCUUUGUUCUUGGUCAAUUUGAAUCAACGGCAGGAUGUUGAAGGCAGUUCCAUACAUUCGCCGUAAUGGCAUACUGAGCUUCGCACUCGGGAAAUUUUUUUCAGAAUUUUUAGUGCAUUUUUUAUGUGCUUUUCAUGCCUUAUGGUCAGAAUGCAGAUGGCAUGACCACCAGUGCAUUCUUCUUUCCCCCAUACUAAGAAUCUAACCAUUUAUAGAGUUGGACAUGGAGAUCUUUAAGAAAGUAGGUGAAUGAUAGAGAAAAAUUGUAAUUGAUUUUGAAGAAAAUACAGGUAAAAAAAAUUAA